UUUGGUUCAUGCCAGGCCAAAGAACUUCUAGAUCACCUGGAAAGUGUUCUAUCCAAUGAGCCCGUUUCUGUGAAGAGUGGCCAACAUUUUGUAGAAGUAAAACCUCAGGGUGUCACAAAGGGCAUAGUUGCAGAGUGCCUUCUCUCAUUGAUGCAGAAGAAGGACAAGCUUCCCGAUUUCGUUCUAUGCAUUGGUGAUGAUAGAUCUGACGAGGAUAUGUUUGAGGUGAUCAACAGUGCAAGGGAAGGACUCACCUUAUCGCCUGUCGCCGAAGUGUUCGCCUGCACCGUUGGGCAGAAGCCGAGCAAAGCAAAAUAUUAUCUCGAGGAUACGAUGGAGAUUAUGAGAAUGUUGCAGGGCCUCGCCAUGGCUUCAAACCAAAUGGCGCUUGUUUCUUCUUCCCAGUCUCUCAGUAUUCUUCAAAUCAUGUAAUCCAUAUGUCAUGUAUAUAUCUUCUUUCUGCUAUAUUUUAUAUGCUUAGGUUGAUAUAUGUUGUGAUUUGAGUUGUGCCAUUGUGACUUUAGUGGGUUGAGCUGUGCUGUUCUGAUGAUGCGGUCAGAUUUUUUUUUGUGUCAAUUUUUUAUUGUUUCUAUGGUUAAAUUUGAGAGUUUGUUCUAUC